CAAACUUUUUGUUACCAACAAACCAUCUAUGAUUGCUCCACACUCGGUAUAGUAUGGUCCCUUUUUGUAGAUGGCCCCCCCACUGACGAAUUCUUAAAAAAUGCCCUGCUUACUAUGGAAAUAGUUAUACUAUAUAGGUGCAGUUAUUAUUUUCUCUAAUAUGUUCAUUAUUUUUUCGGGGCAAACGAUAUAUAGCAUCAUCACAAAAGGCAUUGAAGGAAGCUUAUACAUCAGGAUAUAAAGGUACAGCCCACACGUAUAUCAACCACUUUGCCAUCGCUUUACCGUCUACGGCAUUUUUUUACUGUUUUUUAAUUAUUUUCAGCUGGUAAAGAAAUGAUUGCCAAAAUACAGAAAGAAAAUUCAAAUGCCGAGAAAAGAUUUACGAUUGGUAAAUAUGUCAUUUAUCAUAAUAUCAGCUAAGCAAAUGUAAUGCUAAUGUAAACAGAAUCUGACAAGCUUGUUCACCUAUACCGAACAUUUCUUUGGAAAAAAUGCAAGAAAUAAGAAGCCGGUAUAUGGCUUUAAUAUCUUUUUAGAAAACCUAAAUAAGGCUGCUCGUCACCGCAAUGUCUAUUUGGAUGCUGUUGGAGGUGAUCCCUACGGUAAAAUGAGUUCUAUUUUUUAUUUAUUGAAAAUUUUUUCAAAAUUCCGAGGUUGGAAAUAAAAAUGAAAUUUUUUUUCGAAAUUUUGAGGUUGGAAAAAAAAAAUGAAAAUUUUUUCAAAAUUCCGAGCUCGGAAAAAAAAAUGAAAUAGCUUUAAUUUGGCACGUAGAUAACUAGACAAUAUUGUACAUAACUUACAUAGACAAUUAAAUUUAACAAGAAUAUAUAAGGAGAAUACUGACUAUGGAAGGUACCAAAAAUGGCGAAACACAAAGGUCAAAGGAGACUAUUACUCAUUUAAAUGGCACAACAAUUACUUAAUCCAAGUUCUCAACUGUCAAAAAUCAAAACUUUAUUUCUUUUUUUCACUGUAUUUUGAUAAAAUUGCGCAGUCUUAACCAAUCAUAAUUGAGAAAAGUUUAAUUCAUGUAUAUUAUAUAGAAUCGAAGUUUACUGAUUUUCUGUCACUCUGCAUGAGGUGUUUGAAAAGCUUUAACAGUUUUUAGAACCUAAAUUGAUAAUGAUCUUUGAUGGCCUACGUGCAUGCUAGGGCGUAAAAAAUACCUGUGGUUCCGGUUUCAUAUCGUGAAAAAAUUAGGGUCGGUAGGUCGGAAAUAACUGAUUUUUUUUUUAAUAUAUUUUUCAUGGUUUUGCCGGUUUUUUUGCUGGGCGAUUUGCAAUAGAGUCCCAACAUCAAUAUUAACUAGAGGUGCAUAUUUCCUAUGGACGAAUUGAGGCAAUUUGGUUCAAUAAUUAUUUGUGACAACAGACGCCAUUUUGGCACGCUGUUUGAGCAGCCCGCAACCACCUGGAGAAAAUAGGGUCGCACAGUCAAUCGCGUUGAAAAAAUAAUAGGGUCGGCAGAAAAAAAUAGGGUCGGUCGGGAACCGGAACCUCAGGUAUUUUUUUUUACGCCUAGUAUCGUAGCGAUCUAACACGAUUUAGUUUUUCGAUCAACAGUAACCUCUUUUCGUGGAUUAUUUUAGAAAACGUUGACAAACAUAAUAUUUUUUUCUCGUUUAAGGUGGUAGUAGUGUGGUUGCAUCUCAACAACACAUAAAUUGGAGUCAUCGUGGAAAGCGAACAGUCAACUAAUGGGUCUAUAGGGGAUAUAUCACGGUAACCGCGUUAUGUUGAACAAGCAUACCGUGAGAACGUAUGGAUAAUUUAUUUGAAUUGUAUCACCAUAGGAAAAGUACAAGGACUAAUUUACAUGUAUGUUGUUCACAAAGAAAUUUAUGAAAUUAAAAGCUAAACACCCUGG